ACAUUAUAAAUUUAUUUCUCGCGUAACUUGAUCCGCUUUACCUUAAUUAUAAAUUCUUAAUGACAGCAACUUUAAGAACAACAAAAUACAUGCACUAUACAUUGCCCGACAGUAUUGGCGAAGAAACGAUUGUAAAUGAAUACUUUAAAAAAGUCGAAGCUCAAUACUGGCAACUGAAGCAUUACCUUAACUAUCGUCUUAAAAAUGAAAGAGUAAUCAUACCCUGGGUACAAAUUUAUGAAGAUUGGUUACAAUCGCUUAAAAACAUUAGGGGAACAAACCAUAAAGGAAUGCCGGGCUGUGUAUCUUCACUAUGUAUCGAACUACUUAACGUAACUAAUAGCUUUGAAGGUGUUUCGGUCCUAGAAAGUUGCAUGCAGUGGUAUAAUAAAUUCUAUGAGCGUAAUUUCGAAUUGCAGUUCGCAGAAAGAGUACGGCAAUUAGAAACAGAUAUAUUACAUUGUAGCUUUUCAUCUCAGAGAAUGGCUGGAUUAACAAAUGAGGUAAGAGACAGGAGGAAUGAGUCAACCUGAAGAUCAUAGUGCUCGAGGUUGGGAUGAUGCUAUUAACAAUACAAUCAUUAGUAAUACCGAUUCAGAUAUUUUAAUGAAUACAAAAAAAUUAAUGAAGGAAACAUUGCCAAAGUUGUAAGUAGGAAAAUUUCAUUGUAAUUUAUCUAAAUUCUAACCAAUUUAUUAUUUUAUAGUUUAAAGGCUUUUUCAUUAACUACUCUUAACCCAUUGAGAGACAUAACUAUAUUAGAGAAACCGCACUUGAACCAGUUUGUACACCCAAUUAUGGACUCGGCAUUGUGGAUCUUUGCGAAAGUUUAUUAUAUAUAGUAAGUGACUUUGAAUUUUCAUUUAUUGCAUAGAUUGCAUUGAUGACUAAAAGUGCUUUGCAUUGUU